AUGUUUCUGAAACGCGAGCAUGUACGUGCCUCGAUUGCUAUCUUGACCCUCCUCGCAAGUCGACUUCACGCCCAACAGCUUGAUCCCAUCCACGGCUUCUGCCGCCGCUUCGCACACCAGACGACCUUGAUCGACAACAGACUCUUCAUCGACGGCGGCCUGGUGAAUUAUGGCGGCUCGGUCACACCGACCACCACCAAUUACACGAACACUUACCUCCUUUACGCCGACCUGAACGUUGUUACUCAGAACUUCCCAACGGAGUACGCCAAUCUCUCCAAGCCGGCGAACGUCCCAUCAGUGCAAGGCGGGAUACUAUGGGCUGAUACCAUCAACAAGAUCUUCUACUUGUAUGGCGGCGAGUACAAUUGGACCACAGCACCUCCGGCACAGUACAACUUGUGGGCCUACGACGCGGUGUACAACACCUGGAACGCAUCGAGCUCGGAGGGUCUGAACGGUGUGCAGGCCGUGUCAUUCGGAGCUGGUGUUGCGGUCGAUGACCGCGCUCUCGGCUUCUACUAUGGUGGAUGGCUCAGUAACGCCUCGGUGUUAGGCUGGAACGGCAACCGUCUUGCACAGCCGGGACUGCUGCGCUAUGACAUGAUCGCCAACAGCUGGAGUAACAAUUCAUUUUACGACAAUAUACCUCGUGCUGAAGGGGUGAUGGUGUAUAUCCCAGCCUCUGAUGCUGGAAUGCUUGUUUACUUCGGAGGGGUACAACAGAUGAGUAAUGGAUCGUAUACUGGGGUGCCCAUGAAUCAAAUAUACCUCUACGAUAUCGCGUCCGGAAAGUCGUACAAGCAAACAACGAACGGCACAGCUCCGGGCAUGAGGAGGAGAUUUUGCGCUGGUGUGAGCUGGCCGACUGACCAAUCCUCCUACAACAUAUACUUCUAUGGCGGCCUUCCCCCUUACGACGAACAAGGUCUUGGCUACGGAGAUGUCUGGAUUUUGUCUAUACCAUCUUUCACUUGGAUACAGUGGUACCCUUCCGCAAACGAGCACCACUCGCUCAGCUGCAACGUCAUCAAUGAAGGCCAGAUGAACAUAAUGGGUGGAUACUUCCCCAACUCGACCAAUACUGGCUGCGACUCGGCAACCAUCUGGGGCCAACACAACCUGAAUCUGGGCGCCAACGACGUCGCCGAUGCGGAAUGGUAUCAGUACCUGCCGAACGUUACUACAUAUCAAGUCCCAAGCAAUAUUACACAAGUCGUUGGUGGAAGCAAAACGGGUGGCGCCACCUUGACCACCCCACCAGCCGGCUGGGGCGACCCAGACCUUGCCGUCUACUUCGGCCGACAGUACAGCUCUUCCACCCGCACCGCCACCCGCUCCUUCCCCACCAUCUCAACCACGCCCAGCGCCUCUGCCGCACCAUCGUCCCACUCGGACAUAGCCGCCAUAGCCGGCGGCGUAGUAGGUGGCAUAGUCGGACUCAUCCUCCUCAUCCUCCUAAUCUGGCUCUGUCUUCGCCACCGCCGCCGUAACCGCACCAGAGCCACAACCACCAACGACCAAACAACCAAUUCCUCCCGCCACCCCAAUCACCGCCAACAAAUGACAGAACUCCCCAAUACCAGGGACCCCGUAACCCCAGUCUCGCAACAUAAACGCUACCCCUCCAACCCCCAAUCCUCCCUCAACUCCCCACCCCCACCAUCCUUCCAUUCAGAUCAGUGGUCGCAGCCUCAACAACACAACUCCUCGCCUCCCCACCAACAACAACACCAGUACGGCGCGAAUAUCUCCCCGCCGCAACAAUAUUAUCCCCCUCCGCCGCAGACACACCAGUAUUACCCCCCUCCUCCCGCCCCGGAACGGUACGAGGGGACGCCGGAUCCGGUGCAGGAGAUGCCUAGUGUGCGGAGUCCGAUGCCGGGGGUUCCUGAGUGA